AUGAAAAACCCGGCGCCAUCAACCCCUGGACUAGCGCCGAACGCUAAGAAACGGAAGCGGACAGACGCAGAGACACCAUACCGACGCGUUGUGACAACGGCGCUCCUCGCGUGGGCAAAAGAUCAAAGUUAUUGGAACGCGAGGCGAGAGAGUGCAGUGCAACUGGAAGAAGACGACGCAUUCCGAGACCUCCUCCUAUACGAUAUGCACAUGCACGAUGAAUGGGAGGACAGAGAGCGAAUGGCACUGUUGGAGCGGGACGGUUUGAGACGAGAACACGACGCGUGGGAGGAGUGGAACCAGAUUGGGCAGGCCAUCUUGGACCAAGAAGAGGACGAGAUGUACUGGACGUGUGACGAGGGCGGAUCUUCUCCGUGGGGCAGCGAGCUGGGCGACGGUGCCUGGCAAGCGCGAUACAUGAGUAUCCGUGCACGCGCUUAA